AUGUCAAAUUUAGACAAUCCAGGAAUAUUUUAUCAGGGUCGAACUUUUACUGAUACAGGAGGUGGAGUUGAUGGCGGCCGAGAAUUGGUUGCUGAAUACAAACAAAUGGAUGAACAAUUUCAACGUUUUAUUAAAGAAUUUAGCGAGAAGGGAAUGGUUUGGAUUUACAGAGAACAAUUAAAGAAAAAUUAUACACUUGGGCAAUAUUAUUUGACCAUACAAUUUAACGACUUGCGCAAUUUUGAGGAAGAUGUUGCCAAUAAAUUAAGACGAUAUCCAGCUACACUUCUUCCAGCUCUUGAAUCAGCUGCUAAAAAGGUUACCAACGACAUUACUAAUCCUCGUCCAGCUGGUCAAGAAGAAGUUCGAGAUAUUCAAAUUAUGCUGAAUUUGGAUGAUAAACCGCAGAGUAUUCGCCAUAUUAAGAGUUCUGAAGUAUCUCAACUUGUAAAAAUUUCUGGUAUAAUUGUUGCUGCUUCUCAAGUCCGCUUUCGUUCAACUCGUUUAACUCUACAAUGUCGCACUUGCCGACAUACUAUUAGUGAUCAGGAAGUGAAGCCUGGUUUUGAGCAAUUUCAAAUGCCUCGUCGUUGUUUAGCUAACCAAGUUGGUCAAUUACAACGAUGUCCAAUGGAUCCAUAUGCAAUUUUACCAGACAAAUGUCGAUGUGUUGACUUUCAACAGCUUAAACUGCAAGAAUUACCAGAAGAUGUUCCUCAUAGCGAAAUUCCUCGACAUUUAUUAAUUUAUGUUGACAGAUAUUUGACGGAUAGAGUGACUCCAGGAAAUCGAAUUACAGUUACUGGGAUUUAUUCGAUUAAACGAUUACAAGGAGGGAAAUCAAAGUCUGGUCGAGAAGAGAAAACAGCUGGAAUGGCUGGUAUUCGUGUCCCUUAUAUUCGUGCUAUUGGAAUUGAAGUGCAAAUGACUGGAUUAGGACACACUGAUCAAAUGCAUUUUACACCUAAGGAAGAACGUCAAUUUAGGGAAUUAGCUAAAAAUCCAAAAGUUUAUGAAAUUAUUACGAAAAGUAUUGCUCCUUCUAUUUAUGGAGCAGAUGACAUUAAAAGGGCAAUUGCUUGUUUGUUGUUUAGUGGAUCUAGAAAAAUUUUACCUGAUGGUCUUACUCGCCGUGGAGAUAUUAACGUUUUACUUUUGGGGGAUCCUGGUACUGCAAAGUCUCAAUUACUCAAAUUUGUGGAAAGAGUUGCACCAAUUGCUGUUUACACUUCAGGCAAGGGAAGUAGUGCUGCUGGACUUACUGCUUCUGUUAUAAGAGAUCCAGCUUCGCGUUCAUUUAUUAUGGAAGGAGGGGCAAUGGUUUUAGCUGAUGGAGGUGUUGUUUGUAUUGAUGAAUUUGAUAAAAUGCGUGAAGAUGACCGUGUAGCCAUACACGAGGCUAUGGAACAGCAAACAAUUAGUAUUGCUAAAGCAGGCAUAACCACAACUUUAAAUUCUCGUUGCUCUGUUUUGGCUGCUGCCAAUUCAGUUUUUGGACGUUGGGAUGACACUCGCGGAGACGAAAACAUUGAUUUCAUGCCAACAAUACUUUCACGUUUUGAUUGUAUUUUUGUUGUUAAAGACCAAUAUGACAGAAACAGAGAUGCUCAAUUAGCUAAACAUAUUGUGAAAGUACACACACAAGCAACACAACCAUCAGCAUUAAAUUCUUUUGGGGGAAUUGAUGGAAAUAUUAAUGGAAUUGCCGCACCCGUAGAUGAAAAUAUGGAUGACGAUGGAGAUGAAAAUAUGUUAAUUGAUUCGAAUGAUGGAAAUAAAGAACUUUCUUUGGAUUUUUUAAAACGUUAUAUUGCUUAUGCUAGAGCUGUUUGUGGACCUCGUAUUUCUGAAACUGCUAGUGAAUUGUUACUUAAUCAAUAUGUAAAAUUAAGAAAUCCACAAAUUGACCAAAAUUCUCAACAACAAAAUUGGAAAGGAAAAAAACAUGGGCAAUCAACAAUACCCGUAACUGUGAGACAAUUAGAAGCGAUCAUUCGUUUAAGUGAAUCAUUAGCUAAAAUGGAAUUACUUCCUUUUACUGAAAAAAGACAUGUAGAGGAAGCAAUUCGUUUAUUUAAAGUUAGUACAAUUGCUGCGGCACAAAGUGGAAGUUUAAGCGGUGUUGAAGGGUUUACUUCUAGAGAGGAUCAAGAAUCCUUUGAUCGAGUUGAGAAACAAUUAAAACGUCGUUUUCAAGUGGGGACUUAUGUAUCUGAACAUUUAAUUAUUGACGAAUUUAGUAAACAAAGCUAUCCAGAGGCUUUAGUUCGACGAGCAAUUGACUUUUGUGUGCGUCGUGGGGAUUUCCAAUAUAGAAUGCAAAGAAAAUUACUUUAUCGAGUUAAGUGAGGAAAAUUAUGAUUUUUUUUAUUUUGGUAUUUAUAACCUUAACAAUUUAUUUUUCUAUA